UUGGAGUCCCAGAUGACAUCAGAUAUCCAGAGCAUCCUACAGCUCCUACAACGGCAGUCCACCUCCGGACCCCCUGCCUACAGUACAGUUACUGCCAGCCCUGAGUACCACCGGCCCGCCCUCAGGGUCCAGCCCGUCUCAGCCAUCAGCACUGACCAUAGAUUCAUAGCCGCCUCAUCGCCGAGUCCUGAGUUCCUUGACCUCAAACAGUCCCACCAGAAAUCCAAAGAAUGCUUAUUAAGCUUGAUCCAUAAGGACAGGGCCUCAGAGCAGAACCUGCCGUCCCUGCUGGAGCAGGCUGUGUACUCGGAGCACAGAAACAAUCAGAACCAGAACCAAACAGCCUCUCUCAACCAGCACAAGUCCAAAUCGCUCCAGCUUCCGACCCACGAGACCUCGCUGGGAGAUUCAGCCCUCAGUGACACCAGAAUGGUGGGACUCCACAGACCAGUCUCUGACCCUGGUCUUCCUGCUAGUUAGCUUAUCUAUGUGUAUAUACCCUCCUGUGUGUCUUUUCCUAUGUCUUUCAGCAUAACAAAUUGAAAUCCUCUUAAGUUUGACUCAGGGUAGAGAAACCUACUGUAUUGUCAUAUGCAAAGGAAAAGAGUGAUUUUUUUUUUAGAUUUCUUAAAUGGUGUUUCACCAUUGAAAUGUAAAAAAAAAAAGUGUAUGUAUAUAAAUUAUAUUUAUGAUGUACAUACAUUUACGAUGCAACACUGCCAUCAACACAAUGGACCUUACAUGCUCUGUCCAGGAAAGAAAUGCAUGUUUGAAAGUUUUUUCUCUUGCAUGAUGUACAUAUUUAAGACUGGCUAUCAGAUUUGAAAUCGGCAUGUCUUUUUUGCACUGAAUAUUAAGUUACUGAAAUACAUUUUCAUCAGUAUGCACUUCUUUUUGAUGAAACUAUAAAUAUAUUACUUAAACUAUGAAUUGCAUUAGAGUUGCAUUAAAAAUACAUAUUUAGCCAAUUUAGGCUCCUAAAGACCGUUGCAAUAUUGUGCCUAAGCCUGGACACAUACACUUAUGUUAAUCUUGCUAAAGAGUCAUAAACUAUGUAGCUGCAAAUUACCGUCCUUACGCCACAUUCCAAAGUACAGAAUCAGUAAAUGUGAAUUGCUACAUGUAUGAUGAAUCAAUAUCACAGGAGACACUGACAUGUCACUUUUUUCGUUCUUUCUUUUCUUUAAAAACAAAAAACAAAAAAAAAAACAGCAUGUUAACUAAGAUAUCCGUCAGGUUACAUUUGAGAUUGCACCUUUGUCCAAGGUCUACAUGAGCAAUAAUAUCGAUUUUUCUUCUUGACAGGAAUUAACUGGGGAAAUUACCCUAAGAAUUUCAGACAAUGAGGCAUUUAUCUUUUCUUUCUCUUGUGGACAUUUGCCAAAAAUAAGUAAAUAGAUUCCUUUUUUACUGGUAGAGUUAAAAAUGAAUAGGAUAAUCACUGAUAUCGAGAUUAGGUUAAUACUUGGAGAAUAGCACUUCAGAUUUUGCAUUAUCAUUUUAAAGUUUUUUUCAUGUAAUUGUUAUAUGAAAAACAAACAUUCCACAUGUUUCACUCUCCCUUUUUGACAGGGGAUGAUCUGUACUCUGCAGUAUGUUAUUUAGUCUGAAAUUAUUUCAUUAUGGCUUGCCUGUUUUACUCUUGAAUAUCGGCAUCAUACUCGUGCUGAUACUUGUAGGCAGAGUGAGGGUACAGUAUACUCACACCCUGUAAAAUACACUUUGAAAUAUUUUUUUCUCACUUCCACUUCCCUUUGAGAGGGUGAAAGACGUCUGAUUCGGAAUUUUAGUAUGCCGUUUGUACAUUUAGAAAAUCCUAAAGUAAUGUAAAACAAUGAACUAUAUGCAGAACAUUUUUGACAAAGAUAUGCUUUUUUGAGCCUUUCUGAUGGUCCUUGAAGACCUUCGUGAUGUGCUAUAUAAACACACAUGUCAUCCAACCACAAAGCAGACUGCAGACAUACAUUUGAAUAUAUUUUAACAUAUAAAUAUAUGUAACAUAAGUGCUCAUGUCAUCCUCAACUUAGUAGAUAUAUCAUGAGAGUUAUCGUACAUAAUAUUUAUACCUUUCUCCAGCAUAUUUGUAUUUUCCCUGCUGUUUUAUCACAUUGAUAAUGCUAUUGUUAUAUACUGACUUGGUAUUAUUGAUAGUCGCAUGUCCUUGCCUUCUUUGUCCUGUAGGGGGCAUGAUGUCCCCAGCCUUUAACACCACCCGCAGUACUUUGGAUUGGGAGUUUUUGUCCAUCUAAAGGUUAACGGCAGUUUUGAAAUUCACUGUCUGAAAUGGACAUCAUGCGGUGAAUUUUUUCAAAGCGAAAGAAUUUGAGACAAGAAAAACAGACUGAAACUUCUGCCACAUGGUACUUACAUUAACCAACCCAACUCAUUUGCACUCUCACAGAGGACGGGAAGAGAGUGUCUCAUUUCUAGAAAUUACUUGAAUCUAAUGGCUGAACAAUCCAUAAAAAAGACUCAUUACCAUAGCAGAAAAUGCCCAGAAAGUCUUGUCAUAGUCGCAGGGGCAUGAAAAGUCUGAAUCUGCCUGAUACAAUGGCAGUUCAGUUCGGUCAGAGUUCUACAGGCAUGACAAUUUGAACCUAGUCAUUUUGAUACGUGGUUUUAUAGUGACUAGGGCCUCCUAAAUUCGUCACCUGUAUUUCUCCCAUCAUUAAUUGAACUGACCUUUUCAGCCGUCACUUAUUGAAAAUUUAUGAUGGUACAUAAAGUUGUAUAUAAAUUUGAAGCUGGAAGUAUUUUAAAAAAUAUCUAAACUUCGAUAUUAAGAACAUUCUACAUGAAAUAUCAGUAUGGGUCUGGUACCUGCACUAUUUAUAUGUAUUAAGCUAUGCAGUGUUUCCCAAUUCGGUCCUCGGGGACUGUCUGGGAGGGAGCAAAAAUGUGGACUGUCUGGCAGGGAGCUGGGAGGGAGCAAA